CUGUAUACACCCUGCUGUCGAAAUGACAGCAUCUCGUCCAACGUAGGCAUGAGUGUUGUGAAUAAUGAUUGCGCAAUGAGGAUAAAUGUUUGUGAGAAUAUACUUAACUGUGUGAUGAUUAAGUAAUCAACAUAAUCCAAUAUAAAGAUCUUAAUGGUUUUAUGAUAGCAAGCAAGUCAGUAGCACAAUGUCAACGACUAACCACUUGAAUGAUAUUUUAAGUAUGCAGGAUAUAAUAGAACUGGUUAAGCUCCUUCGUCAAAAUGGUGACAAGGUUUUAAGUGCUUCCAGUAAAUUAUCAUUAUCAACAAAAUUGCUAUACAACCUCAAUGAAGCAUUCUCAAUGAUUGUAGUAGAAUCUGAAGAUCUGGAAACUUCAUUUCAUGUGUGCAAUAGUUCUAAGAUAGACAUAUUUCGUGAUGUGAAAUUUUUACAUGAUUUUGUGCAGAAGACUAUAGGUCUAAAAGUAACACAUUAUUCUUCUGACCCCAAAGUUACCAUUGAUAUUUCUAAAUUCCGACAUUUAAAGUAUCUAGAGCUAAAGAAGGUACCUAUCGAAUUAGUGAAAGGCCUACAGAGUAUCAGAGGUCAAUUGGAAGGUAUUGUUUGUGCUGGAAGAAAAGGAGUAUCCACAAUCAGUCAAUUGUUAGCGAUAUGUGGAGCUGAUGCUGGUGUCGGAUUUGUAUGGGCAUCUUUGAAACAUUUAGCGUUACCUCAUAAUGUUCUAAAUUGCUUGGAUGAAUCUUUAGAAUUAGCACCUUGGCUUCAAACAUUGGAUUUAAGCCACAACAUGAUCACUAGUGCUGAAGAGAUAUCCUGCUUGUCAAACCUGAAGUAUGUCAAUCUAGGUUACAACAAAUUAGAAAGUAUACCAUCGUUCAACAAGGCAGUGUUACAUUCAUUACAAGUGUUAGUACUGAAGAACAAUUACAUUGACAGUUUAAAUGGUCUUCAAGCUUUAGAAUGUCUGACUGAACUAGACUUAUCAUUUAAUUGUUUAACGGAACAUUCAGUCCUCUGGCCGCUUCAAAAGAUGUCUGCCUUGUUGUGGGUGUCAUUGGAAGGAAAUCCUCUAUCAUAUCAUCCAAAGCAUCGGAUGCUGUCUUUAAGACAUUUGCAUCCGAGCCUGUCGAAUAGCAAAUUUGUUUUAGAUCAUGUAUUACUUUCAAAAUCAGAGAAGGCACUAGUUGCGGAGAAUCGAGUUUUUACAAUGUGUGCAAAUCAAUCUGUAUCAUCGACUAGUACAUCAAUGUUCGUGAAUACGUACGAACCUAGUGAGAGUAGUUCCGAUAAUCGAGUAACAUCGUUAGCUGAAAAUCUAGAAAAGAGUUUGACGAAAAGUAAGAAGAAACCAAGUUUGAAAGAAGCGAUCAUCGCUGAAGCCGAUCAAGAAACUGAAGAGUUUAAGCAACUACCCGAUGUGGUAGCGUCUUCUCAUACGGAGAUGUCGACCGAUCAUUUAGAGACGAAAAAACGCAUGUUAGCUCUCCGAGAGAGGUUUGGCGAGGACAACUGGCUGAGUAGUCACGCGGGGACUUUUGUUCAAGACAUCAUGGGUCUGCAUUCCGUUUCGCAACCAGCUACAUUGUCAGUAACGAGAAUACAGACUUUGGCUGAUGUUGACGCGACAUCAUCUCUUCACGAGUCUCUGAUUUACAUGAUGGACAGCGAACAAUCUCUCGAGGAGUCUGAAUCACAGGAAAUCGCAGUACAGGCGGAUGUUGAACAAGAGGAUAUUUCUCAGAACGAAGAAACGUUACCGGACGAGUCUGUGGAAACGGAAGAAGUUAUUCCUGUGAUCGAGUAUGAUCCUAAAGAAGAAACUGCAGAUGUGUAUCUCGUCCACAAGCGAAAGAACGACGAUGAGAAGGAGUAUGUCUUUCUGACGAUAACUCCUGCAGAUAUCAAAGAGAGAGAAACGACCACUGGAAAAGUUAAGUAUUCUUGGUCAACAAAUUCGGUGCUAUCCUGCGUCUUAGGUAGAAGCAAGUCACCCACAGUUGAUAUUAUUUUUGACACUACGCGGAAAGAUCGAGAAAACAGACGGUAUUUUGCGGAACCGAAUGAUGCGAAGGAAAUUGUAGCAACGAUCAGUGAACAGCUCGAAGCACGGCCGAUAUUGUUGAAAGUCUUCAAGUGCAUGAAAUGUUCGACGCAGUUUUCGCAAGACGCGGAAUAUGUCAGGCUCGCUGUUACGUCAGCAACAGGUGCGAAACAAUUUAAAUGCCCCGCUUGUGGCAGCAGUUUGGUCAUCGAGACGGAAACUUCGCCCAACGCGGACAGUCAAAUAGCGGAGAAUUUUGCGGGUGCCAAUUUGCAACACUCCGAAUCAUAUUCCAGUAUCGGUUCAGCGACAAGUCUAGAAGAGUCGAGGGGCUCCACGCCAUCUGCAAACGCGCAAACGAAAAAGUACGAGAGCGACAUAGAAAUACUCAGCAACCCUAGCCAGAGUAGCAUCGAAGUUUUAGAUGAAGCACAAAAGACCAAUCUCACGCCAAAACGGAAACGCUCAAUUGAAGAAAGGCGCGCCGCAAUAGCUCCUUCUUUAAUAACAAUUCCGGAUGUAACACCAGUCAUGGCAGGCCUUACGGAAAGUAGUUCUUCGGGUUCGUUGACCGACAGCAUAUGCACAGCAUACGAAAAUAAGAUGGCUAAAUCAGCAAAUGUUGACGCGAAGUCGCACAGCAGUGAUGGCGAGAAGGAAACCGCGUUCGCCCCUGUAACAAACUUGACAUCGAUGUUGGGAGGUUUGCUCCAAAGCAUCAAAAUCGGCAGCAAUAAAAUGUUGAAAGGCGAGGAGGCCUCGAGUUUCUUCGGUAGCAGUGUGCAAUAUUCAUAUACCGAUUUUAGCAGUAUAGAUCACAGAAUCAAGUUGCACAUCAUCCUAAAUGUGUUUGAGCACGAGAACGAAGAGCUAGUCCUUCUUCUCAGGGCAGACAUUUUGAUGCAUUCUAUGCAAGAAACUUUUCCUGGAUGCCUAGUACUGUCUACAUCUAAGGUUUACAUUCUUAGGAUUAACGGGCCAGAAGGAGAGGACCCACAACGAUGGCUUCACAAAGAAGUCAGCUGGACGAUGGACAGACUGAGAUCCUUCGUACCAUUGCCGUUCAAACAAGGUGUUCUGAUUGAGCUGCAACAACCUGGUAAAACUAAUGAGGAGCAUCUGAGCAUCACGGUGCUCUGCAUCUUGCAAGAUUUCCAGAGAACGUCAAACUUUUUGUUCUAUAUCACAGAUCUGCAGUUACCUCCGAGCUGCGAAGUAGAGUUUACCGUUCCGGAGCACUGCAGUACCUUGAUGCACAAUCUACUAACUAGCACUGCAAAUUAUCAGGCUGGAGAUUCUGUACGAUUAUUGGCAAUGUUCUCCUUCGCGGUUCUAAAACAGCAGAGCGACACUGUCAAGCUGAAGCUGUCUGGCUUGAUUGUGAUGGGUUCUGUACUGGUGAUACUGGAGGACAACGCCCAGUGGCUAAUGCCAGAGAGCAAUCGAAUGCCUUUGAUUGCCAGAGAGCAGGCUAUGAGCAAUUUAAUCGCGAUAGAACACUGUGACACUUCGUUAACUUUGAACUUCCUGGAUGAGGUCGCAGGACUCGAGGAAAGUUGGAACUUGGAGUUCGUCUCUCCUGGUGCAGUCGAGGCUGUAAUCAGUUCCAUACAGCCUCCGUGGGAAGAAUUGUUCUCGAUACCUUUACAAGUCACCUCACACACCGCACAGGAUAACGUGGAGAAAGUUUAAACGGUGCGUGAAUUAAAUUCUUAGUGGAUCUUUUUUAUAAAUGCAAGAAUGUUAAACUAUUUAACCUAAUUUAAAUUUCUUCAUCUUUAUCAAUCUGGAAGAAAUUUUCAACACUUGUGUGACUUUUGAAAGUAGAUUCUUUAUCAUUUCUGAAUUUAUAGAGACGAAAACGUUUUAGAACUUUACGAGAUAUAGAAAAUCGAUGAUAAAUUCAGUGAUAAUUAAGAGGCUAUCUCGAUAGAAUAUCAAUAUACAACAAAGUUUCCAGUGGUGUUAUAAACGCCUGGAAUGUUAUAUAAUUUACAAAUAUAUUCAGCUAAAUUUCCGUUUCUUCCGCAUAUAUAACUUCGUAGCUAAGGUUUUUCAAUAUUGCAUGUGAUGCAAUCUUUUCUGUGCUUGUGCGGAUUUUAGGGAUUUCGUAUAAUUUAGAGAACUCUCUCUCUCUCUCUCUCUCUCUUUCUCUCUCUACUGUUGUUCAAUUUGACAUUUUCACUCAACAUUAGUUCUCAUCGAGCGCCUCUGACUGUGAUAUGUAUAUUUCAAACUUUAUAAUAAAUAUUACGAGA